UGCUAACGUAUUUUUGUUUUAGCAAGAACUUAGUUGUGGUACUAGCUUACGCUGCUAUGUGUAACGUGUGCUAACGAUGGAUAUGAAAGUGGUUUGCAUUCCCGAUACUAUUUCAUUUCAACGCAGUACAACAUUUGUGUUACUUUUUACAAACAUGGUUUUUCAACUAUUUUGUAUUUUAAGGCAUUAUUAACGUUAACGCGAUAACGUUAUAACAGUCGUUAUUUUAUAGGCUGGUAUCCCCGCCCACUGCGCAUUGCGCAUGUCAAACGCGAAGCUUCGGUCGGACGGUCCGUGCCGCUUGGCCCGCUUGUCGCUUCAUCACAAAGACAAUGGAACGCGCUGCCGGUCGAUUUUACUGUGACUCAGUGUUUUAAUUUAAUGUUUUUCGCGAUUGAACCGCCCACAACAUGACGGGUACUAUAAUUGAGAACCUGAGCGGUCGAAAACUCGCCAUUCUAGUAACAUUUCUAUUGUUGUGCCAAUUAACAUGUUUCCUAAUCGGUGGAUUGGUCGCACCCCUGCCCGCAAACGCCCAAACAAUUCUCGGAACGGUAUGCAAGGAUACUCUGACGGUAAAAAAUGACACCACGAAAUGGUUUUACAACAGAGGAAAGGGCGCAUGUACCAAGAUCGAGAUAACCGGGACGCACCUAGACUACACGGAGAACGACAUCGUGUUCGCAUUUCAAAUGCCGAUGCCGCGCGAGAACAGGAUUCUAGACUUCUCUAGAUGGCAACAGAACUUAAUUGGAGUGCUGCAGGUGGAUAUACGGUAUCAUUCGGCGAUGGAGGUGCAGCCGCGGAGUUUGAUGACGAUCGACGCGCGACUGGCGUACAGGAACAAAGGGGAUCCCGAGGACGAGUGGAAAUUGUACACACAAUCUAUUGAAAAGCGACACUUGGACUGUGAUAUUGCAGUGAAAUCCGAGGAAUAUUUGUACAACUGUUCUGCUUUGCCUUUGUUUGAAUUGGGCUCUUUGUUCCAUGACUUCUAUCUACUUAACAUCAGGCUACCGGUGGACACUCCGGAAAUGAAUGCACAUAUUGGCCAUGUGCAGGACAUGUGGCUGACAGUUAUAAACCAAAAUGGGGGCUUCACAAAAGUCUGGGUCUCUCUGAAAACAGUGUUUUUCCCCUGCAUCAUAGCUAUUAUUGCCUGGUUCUGGAGGAGGGUUCACAUCUUGCAACGGAAGCCUGUACUUUUGGAGAAGAUGCUGCUGAGUUUGGGUAUAUCCCUGUGCCUAUUGAACAUGCCUCUUGAAUACUUUACAUUACACUUUGACUUGCCAUUUAUGCUGUUACUAGGGGACAUAAGACAAGGAGUCUUUUAUGCAAUGCUAUUUUCAUUUUGGCUUGUUUUUGCCGGUGAACACAUGUUAAUUCAGGAUGCAUCUACCCAAAGCUCUCUUAAGCAGUAUUGGCGUCAUUUAAGUGCUGUAGCAAUGGGUUGUAUAUCUCUAUUCAUUUUUGAUAUGUGCGAGCGGGGAGUGCAACUGAGAAAUCCAUUUUACUCCAUCUGGGUUACAGAUUUGGGGACAAAUCUCGCUUUGACCUUCAUAAUACUGGCUGGGAUAUCUACAGGAGUGUACUUUCUUUUCCUGUGCUACAUGAUUUGGCAGGUUUUUGUAAACAUCUCCCACAAGCGACAAUCUUUACCCACAAUGAGCUCAGUUAGACGUCUACACUAUGAGGGAAUCAUCUACCGGUUCAAGUUUCUGAUGUUGGCCACCUUGCUCUGCGCUGCUCUCACUGUCAUCGGGUUUAUACUUGGACAGGUGGCAGAGGGCCAGUGGAAGUGGGAUGAGAAUAUUGAGUUAGAAUAUACUUCUGCAUUUUUUACUGGUGUGUAUGGAAUGUGGAACAUAUACAUCUUUUCUCUACUCGUUUUGUAUGCUCCGAGCCACAAGCGUUGGCCAGCUGCUGAAAAUACAUCGGACACCCAGAACUUAAGUGAGGAGAUAGAAUUCAGCCGUUUGCCAAACGAGGGUGUGACCAGCGAGAUAUCCUCUCUCACCUCUUUCAUUAGGAAGCCUAAUGUUGACUAAAGUUUUGUCAUGCAUUAUUUUGAAGAACAGUAUUAACUGAACAAAUUUUGUACUCGAAUAUUUAGAAGGAAGUGUAGGCCAUAUUUAGAAAUGUUUAUCUUGCCCGUAGGAAAUAGCUGCUCUGCUAUCUUUGUAUUCAAUAGUUUGUGGUACAAUAUUUACAUGCCAUAUAGCAUUAAGGUUCGUGUCUGUAUUAUUUUUCCUAUGAGUUUUGUUGUGUAAUUACAAUUAUUUAUAAGACAAUCUCUUAGCUGUUAGUUUAUACAUGUAUUUAGGUAUCUAGCCUGUGUAUUAGUCAUAAAGAAUGUCGGUCUAAAUAAAAUCGGCUUGUCUGAGCUAAACAGGUUCUGUGACCUUGGUUCGCGCUGUGCUUCCAAAUUUAUCCAAUUUCGUCUGCCUCUAAAACUGAUAUUGUUACUUAAAUUUUUCUGUGAUAGUUUUUUAUGUAACAUUUUUCUAAUGUUAAUUCUAAGUGACGUAACAGUAUUAUUAAAACACUUCUCUUUGUAUUGCUAGCAUGUUCUAGACGGAUUUUGCGUUAAUAAUGCCAAUAUUUUGUACCUCUUCUAUUUUGAAUUGUAAAAGAGAUAAUAAGAUAUGUUAAUUAGUAAUCUGUCUGGAUAAUUUAGAGGAUAUACGUGUACUAAGUCUAAUGAAACGUAUUUUUUAUGUGUAGUCGUAAUCGUAACUCCGAUUUUGUAAGCGGUUAGAAGUUAUAACAAUAAAAAUUAAUUAAUUAUUGUA